GCCGUAUGCUGCCGUCAAGCCGCCAUGGCGCGACCAGCGCGCGGGAGCUGCAGGCGGGGGAGCCCGCAGGGAGCGCAUGGCAGUGUGCUCUGGGGGCCCAAGCCUGGUGAGUGCCCGCUGGAGUACUCGCUCGCCAUCAUGGCCAAGCACGACCCCGAGCUGGGCAGCACGGUGCGCGCGGAGGUGGGCAAGAAGAGGCCCGCCCCCGCGCCAGGAGGCGAGCAGCCCAAGGACCUCUGGCAGUGCUUCUCGCAGGCGAAGGUGGCACAGCAGAGGAAUGUGAAGGAACUGGUCAGGGCCGAGGAGGAGCUCCAGGCCAAAGAGCAAGCCCUCCAGCGGGCGAAGGAGCUGCGUGACAGGCUGCUCGUGGAGGCGUACGAGGCCAACCGGCAGCGCGAGAAGGCCUCGGAGGACUAUUACAGGGCCACCACCAGCGGAGGGCAGAGGGCAGGGACCACUGCGCCCUCCGUGCUCAACUUCGAGGUGGACCCGCUGUUGCUGCAGGAUCUCGACGACUACGAGGAUUGCAAGGUCAAGGAGGAGAUCCACGCCUUCCGUCCCAAGCUGGAGGAG